AUGUCUGAUGUGAGUGAUGAUGAGAAGAGCCCGAGAAGGGAUAUUGGCUCAUCGAAGGGAAAGAAGGCAGGGGAUGGCUCUAGGAGGAGCGUGGACGUCCCGCCUGUUUAUCACCUUACUUCCUCAGACAACACGGGAACACAGGUGAUUGCAUGUAUCCUUAAUGAAGAUAAUUACUUGGCAUGGUCACGAGCGAUGUUAAUUGUUCUUCGGGCAAGGAACAAAUUACCAUUCAUUGAUGGUUCUCUGGAGAAAACGGAAGAAGAGGAUCCUUUGAGAGAAAGGUGGGAGAGAUGCAAUUCUACACUUCUAGCAUGGAUUUUCAAUACGAUGGAAGAACGGCUCCAAGCCACAGUAGCGUAUGCAAUAGAUGCUAAGGGCCUAUGGGACGACCUCAAGGAAAGGUAUUCCGAGGGCAAUCAGUCCCGUGUUUUUCAAAUUAAGACCGAGAUUUGUCUAUUGAGGCAGGAGGGCAUGAGCGUUUGGGACUAUUACGGGAAAUUGAAGCUCCUAUGGGACGAGCUGGAGUUUUACCUCGAGUACCCCAGUUGUAGCUGCGGAGCAAGAGCUACGAUCAUGGCGCAACGGGAGAUGGAGAAGACGUACCAGUUCCUCAUGGGUUUGACCUCCGAGUUCAACACGAUUCGGUCCACAAUACUCAGUAUCGAGCCGAUGCUGAGCCUAAAUAAAGUCUAA